CUACGCGCCCGGGAGCCUCGGUAUCCUCGGGCUUGCAUUCGUAAAGCAGAGGUUUGGCGACGUAGGGUUGCCCCCUGCCCCACCUGGAGGGACUCGAAAGCGGGUGGCUGGGAGACGCUGUGGAGCAGCGAGUUGAUGGCCGGGAGGGAGGGGAAGGGGGCUGGCUUCUGGGCGGUGCCAAGUCUAAAAGGGGGCGCGGUCAGCGCCGAGCUGUCUCGCAGAGGCUAAGGCGGCCACGUCCCGCUACCCAAGGUUGUAGAGGCGUCCCUCUAUUUGUCCUCGGGACCUCCAGACAUGUCCGAGGUGAAGAGCCGGAAGAAGUCGGGGACGAAGGGAGCCCCGGCGGAGCCUGGGAAGCGGAGCGAGGGCGGGAAGAGCCCCGAGGCUCGGGGUGGUGGAGGCAGGGGCUGGGCCGACCCCCGUACCGGCGUGAGCCUGCUGUCUCUGGGGACGUGCCUGGGCCUGGCUUGGUUUGUAUUUCAGCAGUCAGAAAAGUUUGCAAAGGUGGAAAACCAAUACCAGUUACUGAAGAUGGAAACCAGUGAAUUCCAAGGGCUUCAAAGUAAAGUCAGUUUAAUUUCAGAAAAGCUUGCCUCUACUGAAAGUAUCCUGCAGGAAGCUACAUCCUCCAUGUCUUUGGUGACCCAGUUUGAGCAGGAAGUAGCCACCCUCCAAAGAAUCAUGCAUGACAUUCAAAACAGUGAAGAGAUGCUCACCCAAAAGAUGCAAAGCCUUAACGAGAAAUUCCAGAAUGUUACAGAUUUCUGGAAGAGAAGCCUAGAAGAAAUGAACGUUAAUACAGACGUUUUCAAAUCAGAAUCAAAACAUAUACAUUCUCAAGUCACUGUCCAAAUUAACUCAGCCGAACAGGAAAUAAAAUUGCUCACUGAAAGGCUAAAAGAUUUGGAGGAUAGCACAGUAAGAAAUAUUAGAACGAUACAGAGACAGGAAGAAGAGGAUCUUCUGCGAGUAGAGGAGCAGCUUGGCUCCGACUCAAAAGCAGUGGAGAAGUUAGAGGAGGAGCAGCAUGCUCUGUUGGCCAGAGAUGAAGACCUGACUAACAAACUCUCCAGCUACGAACCCAAAGUUGAAGAAUGCAAGACACAUUUGCCGACAAUUGAAAGUGCUGUUCGCUCUGUUCUGAGAGUCUCUCAGGAUCUGAUCGGGACAGAGAAGAAAAUGGAAGACCUGACCCUUCAGAUGUUUAACAUGGAAGAUGACAUGCUGAAAGCAGUAUCUGAAAUCAUGGAGAUGCAGAAGACCCUCGAAGGAAUUCAGUAUGACAAUAGCAUAUUAAAGAUGCAGAAUGACCUGGAUGUUCUCAAAGGAAAAGUUCAUGAUUUUAUAGUAUAUUCAAGCGCAAGAGAAAAGGGGACUCCAGAAGAAUAUAAUCUAGAAAAUAAAGAAAUCGACAGUGAUUUCUAAAUGCACUGCAUUUAUUCUGAUGAACCACACUAUUAUGCACAAGCUGAUUAGCUCCAGGCUUUUGAGUUAUUUCCAUAUGCCUCACUUCAUCCUAAAUUAUUAGAAAGUAAGUGAGAUAUCACAAAAAUGGAUUAUCCAAAUAAUCAAACCUUAUCUUUUUAAGCAAUAAAGCUUUUCAUUUUAACCAUUUUAAA